AUUAUAUAAGUGGUUGCCUCUUGAUACAAUCAUGCACAUCUCUCCUGAAGUAUCUACUGCAGUGUCACGCUUGAAGUUUCGCAGGCAUGGCCAAGACCAACGGAAGCGGCGGCGCGGCGAGUAGCGUGACUGCUGCACUGAUGCUCCACGGGCGCGUGGCGAUCGUGACAGGCGGCGCCGGCGGCAUCGGCUCGGCCGUGUCCAAGCACCUCGCGUCCCUCGGCGCGCGCGUGGCGGUCGCCUACUUCGGAGACCCGGCGCCGGCGAAGAAGGUCGUGGGCGGCAUCAACGCCACGCACGGCGCCGACCCUCCGCAGGCCAUCGCGGUGGAGGCUGACGUGAAUGACGCGGCGCAGGUGAAGGCGCUAUUCGACGCGGCGGCGGCAGCGUUCGGCGGGGAGGUCCACAUCCUGGUGACGACGGCGGCGGUUCUGGACUUCUCGUACCCGACGCUGGCGGAGACGAGCGAGGCGUCCUAUGACGCCAUGUUCGGCGCCAACACGCGGGGCACCUUUCUGUGCUGCCGCGAGGCCGCCAACCGGCUGGCGCGCGACGGGCGCGGCCGCAUCGUCACGUUCUCGUCGUCCGGGGUCGGGUCGCUGCGCCCAGGGUUCGCCGCGUACGCGGCGAGCAAGGCGGCGGUGGAGGUGAUGACCAAGAUCCUGGCGCGGGAGCUGCGCGGUACAGGGAUCACCGCCAACGUGGUAGCGCCGGGGUCGACUGCCACGCCCAUGUUCUACAACGGCAAGUCGCCGGAGGAGGCUGAGCGGUAUAUCGCCGAGGCGCCGCUAGGGCGGCUCGGCAUGCCGGAGGACAUUGCGCCGCUCGUCGGCUUCCUCGCCAGCGACGCCGGCGGAUGGGUCAACGCCCAGGUUCUGCGCUGCAACGGCGGCACAAUCUAGUCACAGUAUUUCUGAUCGUUGGAUGAAUCCUGGGAUUCGUGCUCAACUGUUUCCGUCCGGGCUAUCUUGUCAUAUCUUGAUGCUGUCUUGGUGUUUUUAUAAUAAUCAUAUAAUAAUUGAUCGAACA